AUGUCAUCCAGGAAGAAAGUUUCUCGGAAAUCUACCCCGCGUAGCUCUACCUCUGAGGACGUUUGUGAUGAUGAUCUUCUUGUUCCGAAGGCUGAGUUCGAGCCCCAGUCGAUCAGUCCCGCAGAAAAUGAAGCGUACUGGAUCGCACGAUGUGGCCUGAUCACUCGUCCUCCUGAGGUCCCUUAUCUUAACAAGCUGCACCAAGUAGUUGACCACAACUUGCUGAAUAGGAGUACACACUCGAUCCUGAAGCCAAAGAAACAUGAUUCGGAUUCGGACGCCUCCGUCCCUCUUGUCACUCCGAGGAAAGGAAAAGCCAAGCAAUCAAAGGACAAGGCCAUUGAUCUUGAAGAUUUUGACUUUUCCGCGGAUGACUUCGUGCUACCUGGAUGGGGCCCGAGUAUUCCUUAUGGAGAUGGGAGUGGUGCGAGUGAGGCUCCUUUCCCUAACGUUGAUUUUGAUGAGUUGCUUGCCAGCCUCCCUACGAAUUUCGACCUAGCUCCGCCGGUAUAUAUACCGGAGAUAUCCGAGGUUGUUGCGGAGGGAUCACGUUUAAUAACGGGGAUUCUUACGAUGACUUUUCUGUUAGGGAGUGAACAUGAUCAGCUCUGCCUUUGA